ACAGACUCAUUUCUCCACACACCAGCUCUGAGUUGAUGCUCAGUAGGGGUGUUUGAGAUAUUAGCGUACUGUGGGGGAACGGCUCAGGGACUUCUUCCAUCCACCUACUAAGAGCCGGCAGUUAGGAGGAAUAUGGGCAAAUCCGAAAGUCAAAUGGAUAUCAUGGAGAAAUCAAGUAAACCCGGAAAGCGUCGUUGGACUGUUGCAGAAAUUGGUCUGUCCGUUCUGCUGCUGUUGGUCAGCUGUGCUUUGGCUGGGCUUGUUGUCCUGUACACAUCAGCUGUGAAAGAACAAUCAAGCAGGCAAGCGAGCGUGUCCAGGAGCUCAACAGGUGAAGGCCAGCUGUUUCGCUCCAGCCUCAACAAUGUGUGCACAACUGCGGACUGUGUUACUGCAGCUGCCCGGCUCCUGCAGAACAUGGAUAAGUCUGUGCAGCCUUGUGAUAAUUUCUACCAGUAUGCCUGCGGGGGUUGGCUGGAGCGACAUGUGAUCCCAGAGACAAGCUCCCGCCACAGCGUCUUUGACAUCCUGAGGGACAAGCUGGAGAUUGUCCUCAAAGGUGUUCUUGAGACAGUGAAUGAACAGGAUAGAGAUGCAAUCAAGAAAGCCAAAAUCCUUUACACAUCCUGCAUGAAUGAUAGUCUCAUAGAGCAACGUGACUCACAGCCCCUCCUCAAGCUCAUCGACAGUAUUGGAGACUGGCCUGUGGCAUCAGAAGACUGGAACACCACAACAGAGGAAGCCUGGAGCCUUGAGGACACACUGGCAAUACUUACUGCUCAUUUUCACAAGAAAGUUAUACUGGACAUGUAUGUGUGGACAGAUGACCGCGACUCUCAGCGUCACAUCAUUUAUAUUGAUCAACCAGGACUUGGAAUGCCAUCCCGAGAUUAUUAUUUCAACGAUGGAAACUACAAAAAGGUUCGAGAGGCCUACCUUCAUUUCAUGGUUUCUAUUGCAAAAAUUACCAGAGAGGACAGAAACUUGACUCAGGAUGAUGACCGAGUGUGGGAGGAAAUGAUGGAAGUGCUGGAGCUGGAGACAGACAUCGCUAAUGCAACAUCACCAGCAGAAGAACGCCAGGAUGUGACUGUUCUUUACAACAAGAUGACUCUUAAUGAACUACAGAGCACCUUCAGUCUGAAUGGUUUCAACUGGACACGAUUUAUUCAAGGUGUCCUGUCGAGCGUGUCCAUUGAUGUCCAGCUGGAGGAGGAGGUAGUGGUGUACAGUUCUCCCUACCUUGAGAAGAUGAAUGACGUUCUUUCCAGACACAGCAUCAGAACUGUGCAGAACUACCUCACCUGGCAGCUCAUUACUGACAGAGUCAACAGUUUGAGUCGACGCUUUAAAGAUGCCAGAGCUCGUUACAGAAAGACUCUCUAUGGGACCACUGUGGAGGAUGCUUGGUGGCGAGAAUGUGUUCGUUAUGUCCAGAACAGCAUGGAGAAUGCAGUUGGAGCUCUGUAUGUGCGCGAAACAUUUGCAGGAGAAAGUAAACAAAUGGUUAGUGACCUCAUUGGUAAGAUCCAGAAAGCCUAUGUAGAAACACUAGAGGAGUUAAACUGGAUGGAUGUUCCAUCAAAGGAGAAGGCAAAAGAAAAGGCUAUGGCUAUUAAGGAGCACAUUGGCUAUCCAGAUCAUAUUCUGCAAGCAAGCAACCAGAAGCUAGAUCAGGAGUAUGCUCAUCUUAAUUUCAGUGAGGAGCACUACUUUGAGAAUGUUCUUGAGAACCUUAAGUCUGAAGCACAAAAGAGUCUGAAGAAGCUCAGAGAGCCUGUCGAUCCUGAUUUGUGGAUCAUCGGUGCCGCUGUGGUGAAUGCAUUCUAUUCGCCAAACAGAAACCAGAUUGUGUUUCCUGCGGGAAUCCUUCAGCCACCGUUCUUCAGUAAACAUCAGCACCAGGCCCUUAACUUUGGAGGAAUAGGAAUGGUUAUUGGACAUGAGAUCACUCAUGGAUUUGACGACAAUGGACGGAAUUUUGACAAGGAUGGUAAUAUGCUAAACUGGUGGAGUAAUUACUCUGCUGAGCACUUUAAGGAGCAGUCACAGUGCAUGGUGCAGCAAUAUGGCAACUUCAACUGGAAGCUAGCAGGUGGACAAAAUGUCAGUGGAAUCAGUACUUUGGGGGAGAAUAUUGCAGACAACGGAGGAGUUCGUCAAGCUUAUAAGGCUUAUCUAAAGUGGGUGGAAAUGGAAGGUGAAGAGCCUCGUUUACCUGGUCUAGACAUGGAUCACAAACAACUCUUCUUUCUUAACUUCGCCCAAGUGUGGUGUGGUGCUUAUCGGCCUGAAUAUGCCAGCCAGUCCAUCAAGACUGACUCACACAGUCCUUUAGAAUACAGGGUGCUUGGAUCACUUCAGAAUUUUGAAGCUUUUUCAGAAGCCUUUCAGUGCCAAAAAGGCAGUUCAAUGAACCCUGAGAUGAAGUGCCGUGUCUGGUAGAACUCCUAGUACUUUUUGACAAGGGCAACUCAAAUCAAAUGAACGAGUCAAUUUUUCAUCCCACUGAGACAUCUUACUGAAAAAGUAUUCAGUCAGAUGCAUUUAGUCCCAAAUGCUGACACAGACAUUUGCAUUUACAGAACCAUCAAUGUAUUGUAGAGGUAUGAAAAUGUGAUAAUUUCCUGGAAUACAUCUCAGCUAAGAGUAUCUUAGAUUUGAAGUGUUGUCACUGGAUGAGGAACUCACUUGUUUUUAUUUGCUGUGUCCCACAACAGAUGAGAAGUGGGUAUGUGAAUAAAAAGACUACAUAGAAAAUAUAAGAAAUUGUAAGAAGGUUUAAAGCCUACAUGGCUGUCUUUUAAUGCUUUUUCCGGCCUUUGGCAAAGUAAUUCUUUAUAAAAAAAAAUCUCUUCGGUAGGUCUUUCUGAUAUAUCCAUUAACAUUUGGCAGAACUGCCUCAGUGUAUUCAGUUUGAAAAAUCUUUUUUUUAGACAUUGUGCUACUUCAGAAGAAAAACUACAGAGCAAAUUGAACUCUUUCUGAAGAGUAUGAAAUAAAUGAAAGGGGCUUAUGCUAAAGUAAAGCUACAUUGAAUUAGUCACACUAUGAGAGUUUAGUCACCGUUACGUAAAAAGAAAUUACCUAAAGACUUUAAGACUGUUAAAUCUUUGCAGCUUCAAGCUUAAAUUAACAUUCAUGAAGAGCUGCAGUUUUCCACAUUUUUACACUUACAGAGAGAUUAAAUAUUCAGCAUUUACAAUGCUAUAUUGUGCUAUUCAAGGACAUUUUUUUAGUCUUUGUUUCUUAAUAUCUUCUGAUGAUUGUCACUUUAUACGCACUGCAGAAAACUGUAUGUCAUGUCUUGACAGUUUGCUGUAAAGAAAUCAUAUUCCAAGUUUUGAAAAGUAUUGAUGACCAGAUACUUUUUAGCUUGUGCAAAACCCAGUAUUUGUUUUAGGCAGAGUGACAAGAUAUUGAUUGAUGAUUGAUAUUAACUGGGACGACUUUGGAUCAGAGCUGUUUUGAAGCUGGCUCCCUCUCUUCUGUUGCUUAAACAGUUUUAUAUAAUUUUGAGAAGUUACCAUGUAUUCAGACUGGGCCGACCUACAAAAACUUCCGACAUGUUCAAUCCAUCAUGACAAAAUUAAUAUCUACUUCUGUCAUUUCUGUGAGUUUUAAAGUGUUUUGUAAAGUCACCUCUGUUUCCUUCCCCAUAUAUUCUCCUCUGAGGAAACUCCAGCACACACACUUUUAGCCUCUGGGUGUAGCCAAUUACAUGCAAGAGAAAGGAAAAGAAAACCCCUUCUAGAGACCCGCACAUAGCAAGGCAGCAGAUGAAGUGCAUUGCCUUCUGAUCUUGCAUUGAUUGAUGUCCUGUAAGAUGAAAGGAUGGGUGCAGUGUGUUGUAGUAAAGUGACCUCUGUAGCCAAUCCACAAUGCUGCAGGCAGACACGCUGAAGAGUGUUGUCAUUAACGAGAUGGCUGAGGCCAGGACUGUUAUUUUCUACCUUUUAUUAACAGGUAAUGACAGGAGAAUCAAAGCAGACCGGACCUCAUGAGAGAGGAUGGAAACGCUGGUUAAAGACAGCUUUCAAAUGCACCAGAAAAACAAACAACACAGCCGGUUUGAAUGUUUGUCGUUGCUUGUCACAUUUAGGAAGUCUUGGUAAACUGAACACGACUGUUAGGUCUCAACAGAGGCUGCUAAGUGAAUGUGUAUCUUGAUGCUUUAUGGUUUGUCUCUUUGUCUUCACCUUUUGGCAAAUACUGUUGUGUUGAGCAUAAUGGGAUAGGACAUGCUGAUUAAAGUCUGUUUACCUCAUAACAGCAUAUAGUGUGCUGCCAUCUUAAAGCAAAUGUUUGAUAUUUUGGAAAUACACUCUGUGUAUGCAUGCAAAAUUCCCACUUUUCUGUGGGAAUUUUGCAUGUCACCUUGAGUGCUCCAGUUUCCUCCCACAAUCCUAUAACAUGCAUGUCCCAAGAAGGUAAUGGUGACCUUCAGAUGCUUUAUUUAGCAUUGACACGUUACAUGCAGGUUUUUGAAAGCAGACUUUUGGAAUAAGCUUCAGUUUGCCCUCUGCCAACCCUUGGUGUGGUGGUCUCACAGCUUGUUUCCAUAUAUUUGCCUAGUGAAUUUGAACUUUUGAAACACUACCAUGCAGCUUAGACAGUUUUCUAGUUUAAUCACUAAACUUGGCUGCAUUAACUACACGUGGGACUUAGUUUUUCUUUUUCCUUUUCUUUUACAUUUUUGUUUACAAGCAGAAACAGUUGACAUAUUAACUGUUGGGAAAGAUCUUACUGGGAAAUUGUGCUUCCAUCUCUUACAAAAAAGAUCAAGCGCCUCAAGCAAGUAUAAAAAGCUUUUAUUUGAACAAUCACUGAGAAGUGCAAAGUAUAACGGAAGAGGCAUCUUACUACUCCAAGCUUAUGUUUUCUUUGCUAAUGAUUUUACUUUCCCCAUAAUGAUGGUAAGAAGAGAUGGUUUAAACUUUCCUUACUACUCUCUGCUCCUAUUUAACUCCUUUUGGGUCUUAUUCUAGACAUUAGUUGGGUUUCGAAAAGCUUGAUCAGUUGUUUUUCUUUGUUUAAAGAAAACAAAAAACAACUUAUAGGUAUGGUAAUUUACUAUAACAGCCGAGCUGCUUGAUUAAUCUAUGUUUUGCUGGAUGGAAAAAUUUCAUAAAGAUACAAAAUGCAUACAAUAUGAUUGGAGCUGCUUUACCUUGCGACCACUAAGUGCUACAGCAUUUUUUCUGUCAUUUUUAGGGCCGUCAAAUGAUUUAAAAUUGUAAUCAUGAUUAAUCACAGCUU